AUGGCGUCUCCUGGCAGGAUUGCCAGCUUUCCAUCGCCAGGUACUGAGCAUGGGGAGCGGAUCUUCCCCUCGAUAAUCGAGCAGCGUGCCCAAGGCACCAAUGAUCACUGGAUAUCCGCAACUCGAACCUUUCCUUGGCUACAAGGGUCUUUCAUGUUGGCAACUGAACGAGGCGGCCAACCACGCCGCGCAUGGCUGAACGAAAGCAUACUCCCCGGCAAGGAAUUUCAACGCUUUGGAUUCGGUGGCUCAAAAGACCUUUGA